AAAGACUCCCUAGUGCCUUUGUCUUUCUGAGAGAAACAGAAAAAAAGAAAAGAGAGAGUCUUUUGUUAGAAAAACCGUGAUCUACAAAGAUUUAAUGGUCCGAUCUUUGAUCCGUCUUCGGAAACGUAUCUUUGCACUCGAAUAUCAUUUUGAGGAUACAACGACAGGGUCCACGGACGAGUUCCGCCACAUCAUGAUCCCGGACACGGCCCCGCUCAUUGACCAGGGCCUCUACAAGCGGAUCAGCCAAAUGACGCAGUCGGAUUUGACAAUCAGCCAUGGGAACAGUAGCUCCACGCUGCCCAGUGCGAUCAUAGGAGGGUACUUUUUUGUCGAUUUGAUGGUUGCGAGAGAGCCUAAUGAAUUGAAAGAAAUUGCGGACCGGAUGCGUCGCUCUGGCUACGAAAAUGAGUUUGUUCAGACCUAUUGUAGCGUCCGCCGCGAUGCACUAGAUAAGUAUCUUCAAAAGCUAGGGAUUGACAAACCUAGUAUUGAAGAGGCUCAGAAGAAUAUUGAGUGGGAUUCCUUGGAAGGGAAGAUGAGGAAAUGGGUUCAGGCCGUUAAGAUUGUUAUGGAUAUUGUCAGCCGUGAGAAAAGCCUGUACGAUAAUAUUUUCCAUGAUGCCGACGGCAUCAAGGAGAUUUGCUUCAACGAGAUUGUGAAAGGCUUCGUGAUGCAGCUGUUGAGCUUCGGCGAGGCGGUUGCGAUUGGGAGAAGGCCGCCUGAGAAGCUGUUCGGGAUAUUAGGCAUGUAUGAUGCGAUGGCACACGAAUUGCCUUACUUUGAAGCAAUGGUUACUGAUGAAUUCGUGAUCAAUAAGGCGAAAGGAGUGCUUUGCGGACUGGGCGAGGCGGCCAGCGGGACAUUUGUGGAGUUUAAGAAUGCGGUGCAUGGUGAGAGAUGGGAGACCCCGAUGCAAAGCGGUGACAUUCACCCAAAGACCCCGUAUGUGAUAGGUUAUUUGAAAUUGCUUGUUGAGAACGGAGAUACUCUGAAGUUGCUGUUGGAAAGUGGUGAAGAUGAUGGGUUUUUUGUUGCUCUGCAAAAUGAUAGUGAUAGUGAUAAUGAUAUUUAUAACGAUAACUCCGAGCUGUCUCCCGUGGCCCGUAGGUUAUUAUUGUUGGUGAUGUCCUCGGUACAGGCCACUCUUAAGGCUAAAUCGAAGCUGUGUGAGGAUAGUGCCCUGAAAUAUAUAUUUCUGAUGAAUAAUUUUCAGUAUGUAGUACAGGAAGUGAAAGAUUCGGUUCUUGGGAAGGUUUUAGGUGAUAAUGAUUGGGUUCGUAAACGUAGUGGCCAGAUAGACCAGUAUGCGAUGAGUUAUCUUUGCGCUUCUUGGAGCAAGGCAUUGUCUUGUUUGAAGGAUGAAGGGAUUGGUGGGAGCACGAGUGAUACCAAAAAGGUGGUGGCCGCUUUGAAGGAAAGAUUUAAGUAUUUCAAUACAUGCUUUGAGGAAAUCUACGGGGUUCAAACUGCUUGGAAGGUUCCCGAUGCCCAACUUCGUGAAAAGCUGAGGAUAUCUAUAUCGGAAAAGUUGAUCCUGGGAUACAGCUCGUUUCUGGGGAGGUAUGGGAAUCAAGUAGAGAGGAAAUACAUAAAGUACACGGCAGAAGAUUUACAGAGCUAUUUGUGGGAUUUGUUUGAAGGAUCACCCCGAGUUCUAAACCACAUGAAGAAAAAAAGUAAGAGAAAUGUUAGAGCAUCUUCUGGUGUUCUCCUAGUGUUCUCCUGGCAUGGCAUAGAUGUAAUUAAAAAAUUACAUCUAUGUCCUUUUGGAUGGCAUAGAUGCAAUUUUUGAAUAAAAAAAAUUACAUUUAUGCCAUCCCAGGAGAACACUAGGAGAACACCAGAAGAUGCUCUAGCAUUCCUCAAAAAGUAAAUAGGAUAUAUAUAUAUAGAGAGAGGACUCUUGUAUCAGGUAUGGUAUGCCCCCUCCUUUCUUGGAAAGGAGUACUUCUCCAGUUAAGUGUAGCUUGAUUGUGUGAUUUUUAUUUUUGUUGUUUGUUGAUGUAAUCCUAAUCUGUAAGGAUUACAUUUAUAUCUAAGUAAAAGAUAUAUCUAUGUUGAAGAUAUAUCUAAUGUGAGUUGUAGUUGAAUAAAAGUCUUAUCUCUUCUAGGGAGAGAAGACGAGUAAUAGUAGUUGUUUUCAUUUAAAGUUCUAUUUGAAUAACAAUAUGUUAUCUAACUCAAUAUAUGGGAUAACUCUAUCUAGAAUAGAGUUACGUUCCUAUGGGGAGUUUUCUAGCUUUAUUGUGUAUUUAAAGGAAAGAUUAUGGAAUAUAUGUUAAGUUGAAUUAUUUGUUUGAUAAA